ACGGGAUCGGAGGGACGUGUGGAGCGGUACGCGCUUGUGCUCCCUAAACUGUAAAUAGAGUGACGUUCGGAUCCGGUGUGUUCAGCUCCCGCAAUAUUUGGCGCGGUCGGUAGGACCGGCGACGGCAACGAUGGACCCUACGCGGCUGGAGCUAGACAGCCUCUGGACGGCUGUUGCCGAGGAAAGGGCCGAGCGCGAGCGACUGGAGGAACAGCUUCAGGGUCUCCUCAGAGGGCUCUCGGGAGGUGGUAUGCCUUCCGCGGACGCCGGGCUGCCGCUGAUCGUGCAGCAGGACGCGGAGCUGACUGAGGUGGUGACGGAGAUGCCGUCCUCCGCACUGUGGUCGUCGCCGGCGCCGUCGGACUCGGACCUGGUGGAGGUGGUGGUGGAGGUCCCACCCGCGGAUGGUGGUGCCGCGGGUGAAGCCAUGUGGGGGACGCAGCCAGAUGGAGAAUCGUUCCCGUCUCCUGACAGGAGACGCCCGGGAGACGGCGAGGAGGGCGGCGGACGACCACCCGUAUCUCCGACCGCCGCCAUCCUGGCGGAGGUUUCAGUCGCGGUCGACGGUGCCGACAUAUUGGGCGAAAUUCUGGGCGAGCCGGUAUCUCCGGCCGCCGCCAUCCUGGCGGGGGCUUCAGUCGGGGUCGACGGUGCCGACAUAUUGGGCGAGAUUCUGGGCGACCCGAUCGACACGGACUUUGGCUUGGGGGACAUCGCUGAGGGGUCCGGCGGUUCGCCGGAGGCUGGUCCGCCGGGGUCCGCCGUGCUCUUAAUAGGAGAUUCUAUGCUGAGCAGGGCGGACUUCCGGUGUGACCCCCCUCGGCGCCUGUCCGUGUGCGCGGUCCCCGGGCUGACUCUGAGCCGCUGGCUGCGGUCAAGCGCGACCGAAGUAAGGGCGUGGGUCUGUGGGAAAGGGGAGCUGACGGACCUCCAAGUCAUCUUAUGGCUGGGCGGUAAUGACGUUUACCCAAGGGGGGCCGCCUUCGACCCGGUCACGGUGGUGGCGACGCUGGGGCGGCUGAAGGAGACCAUCAUCGACACCCGUAGCCUUGGUUGCGCCGUGACCAUCCUCGGCGUGACGCCGCGGCCGGCCCGCGACGGUGGCAGAGUGUGGGAGUCCACCCCGGCCUUCUGGCUCGAACGGGCGCUGUGCGAACUGUGCCGCGAGACCGACUCCACUUUCGUCGCGCUCGGCCGACGCCUCUGCCGGCGGGAGGGGAGGAAACGGCGCUUUAAGAUGGACGGCAGGUUCUUCUCGGCUGACGGGGUCCACCUCAGCGCCGCCGGCUACCGGCGACUGAUGGACUACCUGCCGGGGUGGCUCAGGCGCGGCCGACGCUAGGCGGCAUGUGUGAGGGCGCUCGGGACGGUGUGUAUGAAUGUAUGAUUCGAAGUUGUCGUUUUUGUUGU